AUGCUGCACGCGUUCGACGGGCUGGACGAGCUCGAGACUGUCGAAGAGUGGGGAGGGAGGGCGGGUCUCCACGAUGCUUGGGACAACGACCCUUUGUUGGACGAGAGUACUGUGGGGUCCACCAGCCCCACCCCUGCGGACGAUGACGGCACCACCACGACUCCAGAAGCAGCCCAUUUUGUGCAAUGGGGGUUGGGGCUACAUGCAAUCCACUAGGACCAGUUUAUUUUUGUCUCUCUACACCCCUGGUUGUGGUUUGUUGUCGCGAUUGUUAUUUUUUUCUGGUGUUAUCCUUGAUUGAAGCUUGUGUUUACCCUAGUUGGGUAGUUGGCCUAUGACCACGAAAUGGAAAUGUUUCUAUGGAAGGUUUUGCAUCAGUUUACCGGACUGGGUUAUCCUUGAUUGAAGCUUGUGUUUACCCUAGUUGGGUAGUUGGCCUAUGACCACGAAAUGGAAAUGUUUCUAUGGAAGGUUUUGCAUCAGUUUACCGGACUGGGUUAUCCUUGAUUGAAGCUUGUGUUUACCCUAGUUGGGUAGUUGGCCUAUGACCACGAAAUGGAAAUGUUUCUAUGGAAGGUUUUGCAUCAGUUUACCGGACUGGGUUAUCCUUGAUUGAAGCUUGUGUUUACCCUAGUUGGGUAGUUGGCCUAUGACCACGAAAUGGAAAUGUUUCUAUGGAAGGUUUUGCAUCAGUUUACCGGACUGGGUUAUCCUUGAUUGAAGCUUGUGUUUACCCUAGUUGGGUAGUUGGCCUAUGACCACGAAAUGGAAAUGUUUCUAUGGAAGGUUUUGCAUCAGUUUACCGGACUGGGUUAUCCUUGAUUGAAGCUUGUGUUUACCCUAGUUGGGUAGUUGGCCUAUGACCACGAAAUGGAAAUGUUUCUAUGGAAGGUUUUGCAUCAGUUUACCGGACUGGGUAGGUUAUGCAGGCAGGGUGCAGGUUAUGGUUACAACGUCUUAUUUGCAGUGUGUUCUCGGUACGAGGUUGUGUUUUGUCCCCGUCCACCAUUAAUGUAUGUGGUACGCCGUGAUCUAGGUGCAGUACGCCGCUCUCCCUGUUUGUUCUUUUACGUUCAAUGCUUUUUGUAACCGGAUCUUUGUAUACCAUCUGAGUCGCCUGUUGGUCGACAGCUGAGUGAAGUGGGUGACUAGAACCGCCGCAAGUGGCAUGGCAUGGCAACCCCAGCGGUGAAUGUAGGAGGAAUAGAUCAAAAUCGUGAACUUUUAAUGUUGUCUGGAUGAGUGAAGGGGUUUGGCACCGCCUACCGAACGAUAUUGUUCCUACUUAUUAUUUCCCUCCUCCGCCUUAUGUGUCUGACUGGGACUAUCAAUUAUAUUAUUCAUGUGUUUAGGUCUAUGCCAAGACCUGGGCCGUUUUGGCUUUCUCUUCUGACUAUCGAGUGCAUUGUGUGUGCUCAAUAUCUGGGUAGCUGGUCUGUGACGACGGGAGACAUCCGCGUGUUUUGGACCGCAAGAUGUAUGGUGCCAAGCAGAGAUAGGAACGGAUGGUGACUAUCAAGGCGACACUGGGAACAGUAUCCACGCUCGCUCCUUUCUCUAUUUUUUUAUGGCGGUACACGACUUUCCACCCGCAGGACGGCAUGUUCAAUUGUUGCAAAUGUUGAUCCAAGAGCGCCGAGUCGAUGGCAGGCAGACCGCGCGAGGUUGCUAAAUGUAGAAUUCGAUUUUCUGUUCACCCUGACACAUGGCACUACCACAGUACUCGCCAGCCGUGCAGCCAGUACCGACUCCCUGGUUAAUUGUAGUGCCCCCGUCAAAAUAAAGCAGAGGCGGGGAAACGCGACAAGUUGGAGUUCGUCUUCUGUCGGGGGGGAUCGACCCCUGAUAUGCGAGUUCGCCCCGGGGCGCAAGAUUUUAGGUCCCGUCGAGUUGCGGCCCAUGAUGUCCUUCGUGAGCCAAGCUGGUGUAUUGGUGAAGUCGUAUUCCUCUACCAACCAGCGAAGGAAUGCCGGCACAGCGAAGCUUUUGUAAACUUUGACUGCCUCUGCAUUUCUAUCAGGCUCGCUGUAGCAUUUUGCUGCUCUCCUUGACGCUCAUGGCAGCGUAAAACCCCCGCGAGAACUGGAACAGACUAGCAUGGCCUACGUUCGGUUUGUCGCCCCAGUUGGUGCCCUUCAUCCUGUUGAUAACCCAAUCGGAGCUAGCAUUCUUCUCUAGCAUAAGAGAGGCGGUUGACAUGGUGGUGCCCGUGCUGUACUUACUUGGCUCUCGCUCUCUACCGUGGGUUGUGUGGUCUGUGGUGGCCGCUCGGCCGCUCUAGGCCUCAAUCCAAUCUCGAAUUUUGACAUAUCGUGGGCCCCCUGGCGCUACAUGCCACAGCAGGAUCCUCGAAAACCAGACGAAAUAAUCCGUUGGACCAUAAUAUGGCUUCCAACGGAUUAUCCGCCUGGAAUUUCGUAACGAUUUUUUUUUUCCGUCGGACCAACUUUCGGGAGCCACAAGAGUC